UGAUCGCCCUGUGAGCGAGGUUAUCAAAGUAAAAGCUGUAGCCGUCUUAUUUCGCGGAAAACCCACGCCGUAACGUUUAAAAACAAAAAUUAGUCGACGAGCGGCGGCAAAAUGUUUGCGUUGUUGUUGUUAACGUCGGUUUUGUUUAGUGGUUUAUCCGCAUUGUCACCAGGGAGCAUCUGCCAUGACAAUGAGAACAACAGAGCAAUGUGCGUCAGGCGGGAUCAGUGUCCAGAGGUGCUCAUGGUGUUAGAAGAUGGCGAGGCACCUCAACCGUGCAAAACCAACGGUACCGAGCCUCUGGUUUGUUGCUAUCAAAUCAGUGCUCGCAACGGCGAUGCCAUAACGUUCGUCGACGUACGGCCGGUAGGAGAAACUGCCAAAACUAAAUGCAGGCAGUAUUCCAAAUACAACGAACGAGUGGUCGUUUCGCCACUGCUGAUGGCCAACGCGGAAGACCUCAUCAAUGACGAAUGCGAGUUCGACAAAGUCGAACUGGUAGUCGGUGGCACCCUGGCCGAACCGAAAGAGUUCCCUCACAUGGCCCAGAUCGGUUACGGCGAAGCCCACGAAGUGUCCUGGGCAUGUGGUGGUUCGUUGAUAAGUGAAAAUUUCGUCCUCACUGCCGGACACUGCCUUUGGAGACGGAACAGAGGAAACGCGAGUUUCGUGCGACUGGGCGUCACCAAUCAGUCCGACACCAGUCAAGUUCAAAUACAGCGUGUGCAAAGAACGUUUAAAUUUCCUCGGUACGUUUUGGUGUCCCAUUACAACGAUGUCGGCCUAAUCAGACUAGAGAAAAACGUCGAGAUAAACUCUUACGUUAGGCCAGCUUGUAUUCAUCACACGCCGAAGAUUCUCGAACAUUCUAAGGUGAUAGCUACCGGUUGGGGAGCGACCGCGUGGGCCGGUGACGGAAGCAGCCAGCUCCUCAAAGUCACCUUGGAGACGUUUAGCCAUCAGCGAUGCAACGCAACUUACAAGAGGACCUUCUCCGGGAGGCUAAAGUCUGGAAUUCUCGAUGAUUUGAUGAUAUGCGCGGGCUCCGAGAAUGACAUCAAAGAUACUUGCCAGGGUGAUUCUGGUGGACCUCUUCAAAUAUACCACGAGGGCGAUAGAGACAUAAGGUGCAUGUACGACGUUGUGGGAAUCACAUCUUUCGGAAUCGGUUGUGGCUUGUCCACCAACAUACCCGGAGUGUACACUCGCGUGUCGAACUACGUCCAGUGGAUAGAAGACAUCGUGUGGCCGGCCAAUGAGACUACAUUGGAACCUCGUUAAUCUAUGUUCAGUUGUGAUUAGUUGGAGCAAUAAACAUCGUCAGUAUUCGCUUUGGUAUUAAUUAAACAACUUGCA